UCUCUCUCCUCAUAAAUAUAUACGGAGAUAAAUAUAUCGCAUUGUGGGAGAGAGACGCCGCUUGUGCUUUUUUUUUUUUUGUUGAUGAAGUAAAAGCCCUUAUCUCGAGCAACAAGGCUUGGUGCGACGGGCGUGAAGCGAGGAAUAUCAGAGAGUGGAAGAAGUGAUGAAUUACGAGAACGAUCGAGGUCCCUCCUGGAAUUGGAAAGAGCAGGUCCACAAUCAGCAGAAGGAGUCCAAUUACGCCGAUGUGACAGAGUGCGCGAUGACUGAUGUCGCAUUGAACCAAGAAGAUCACUCGUAUAUGUUCGAUGAUGAAACCACCCCUGUUAAGGCAUGUGAGGAGUUGGCUUACCAUAUGACCACAGGUGGCACGGACAAGACUCUUAAAGAGCAGAGUGAGGCACGAUCUGUUCUCAAGAGGCGUCGGAUGUUACAAUUCGAAGACCAACCCUCAGAAUCCUCGUGUUUCAGUGGAGAAAAUUUAUCUGCAAUCCUUAGAGAAAAUGUUAGAGAGGACCCAAUUGAUGAGAUUUUACCCGAAGGAGCUCAUCUUACAAAAGGGUUUUCAGAAAAUGCAGAAGAUGCUUCUCUCUUGAGUUUUGAGGGCCUCGAUCUCCAUUCUGAAGAGUGGUACUCUGAAUGCUUUAAUGAUGCCGAGGCACCAUUCAUCCCCGAUGAUUUGAACUUCACUGGGUUAUCUGAUCUCCAUAUUGAUGUCUCGGUACUUGCAGAGUACUUGAAUGUGUCUGUAGAGGCAGAAGCCAAUGAAGUCCAGCAACCCGUGACUCGAUCUUCUUCAAGUGUUGUCUUUAAAGGUAGGAAAUCUUUUAUAAGACCCGUCUCCAAACUACCAUCAUCCAUUGUAUAUCCGUUCACAUUCAUCAAACCGUGCGGAGUUCAUGGUGACAUUACUCUCAAGGACAUAAACCAAAGAAUUCGAACUCCACCAGCGAAACCGAAGCAAGAUAAAGAAGACCCUCCAGUGUACCAAACUUCGGCAUUCUCGGGGAAACCCGUUGUCGGGAAAACCAAAAUCCGCACUGAAGGAGGAAAGGGAAGCAUCACAAUUAUGCGGACAAAAGGCUAAAAUAUAAUUGCAACCAGAUAAGUACCUCGGAGGUCCUUUAUCUUUCUCAGUUCGUUCAUCCCCGGGCAGCCCAAGCAAUUCCUGCAUUGUUCCAUGGCAUCAUCAUCGCCUGUACAGCGGCUAAUAUUCUGCAAGAAAAACAUGAAUUUUUUCUUCUUUUCAUUUGGUAUUUGUAGAUUGAGAAUGAAAAUCUAUGUAUUUACCGUUUGGUUAUGUAGUAGCUGUGAAAUAGGAUAUGUUUGUAUACAGUUUGAUUCCGUGAACGAUCUAAAAGCUGAAAUUGAAACCCAUCUGGGACUUGAUCUCUGUGAUCGCCAAUGGAUUCUUGACCA